UUUUUCCUUAGUUUUUGACAUUUUGGUAAUCACUUGCCACAAGCAAAUCGGUGCGGCAAGGAGGGAAGAAAAAUCAGAGCAGUGCCGCAAGAAGGGACAAGGGCGGGAGCAGCAGGGAGACGAGGGGAUACGCUUUGGGCAUCGAAGCAGAAUCAAAAGAGUUAGGCAUAAAUCAAUAGGCAAUGGAGGGGAGUGGUGCUGAUACAGACGGCCAUGAAUUCAAGAAUGCGGAGGAGAUGUGGAGGGAACAUGUCGGGAAUCCCACCAAGCGCACAGAAUGGUAUCGUGAAGGCGUAGGCUAUUGGCAAGGUGUUGAGGCUUCUGUUGAUGGGGUGUUGGGCGGCUAUGGCCAUGUUAACGACGCCGAUAUCUUGGGUAGUGAAGUCUUUCUCAAAUCCAUUUUAGGCGAACGUUUAUCUUUUGCUGGAAAAGACCGACCCCUUGUCGCUCUCGAUUGUGGUUCUGGCAUUGGGAGAAUCACCAAGAAUCUUCUUAUUAGAUAUUUUAACGAGGUCGAUCUUCUUGAACCUGUAUCACAUUUCCUAGAGGCUGCUCGUGGAAGCUUGGCUCCAGAAAAUAAUGGUCCCUCUGAUCUGCACAAAGCCACUAACUUCUUUUGCAUGCCUCUACAGGAAUUCACGCCAGAUGCAGGAAGAUACGAUGUUAUUUGGGUUCAGUGGUGUAUUGGACAUCUCACUGAUGAGGACUUUAUCUCGUUCUUUAAAAGAGCAAAGUUGGGCCUAAAAGCUGGCGGAAUUUUCAUCCUGAAGGAAAAUAUUGCAAGAUCUGGGUUUAUAUUAGAUAAAGAAGAUCGAAGCAUCACAAGAUCUGACUCAUACUAUAAAGAUCUAUUCAACCAGUGCGGGCUCUAUAUAUUUAAAUCAAGGGACCAAAAGGGAUUUCCCCAGGAAUUAUUUCCGGUGAAGAUGUAUGCAUUAACUACAGAGGUCCCCAAGAGGAGUUCUCGCAUCAAAAGGGAACAAAGCAAUAGACCUGGCGUUAUCAAGUGAGGAGCUUCACCUCAUUCCUCUCCUUUCUGAACGAGGCAGUAGCAAUAUAUACAUUUGUAGAGGGGUACUUUUUAACCUUUUAUGUAGAUUGCAUGUGGGCGUGUAAGUACAUAUUAUCCCAAAAUUCUCGUAGAAUGUCAUCUUGUCUUCAAGUGAUAAGUAUGAACUACCUCCUUUAGUCUUUGUUAACUCUCUGGCUUUGAUCGUUGAAUACUCCCGUUUCAAAGAUCUGAACAAAAGAAAAUUACGAAAUCCAAAGUUUGUUUUAGAGAGAUUUCUUGGUCCAACUAUUUUAACCUAUUUCUACACUUCCUGGAUUGUUUGGAAAGGUAUCUUCAUUUGUAGUUGAAGAUAACUGCUUGUUUUGCAAACAACUGCUUCUUGAAACAGAUACGAACACUGAAAGACAAUAACAUGGCACUUAUAUUAAAAGAUCUGUAUAUAUUUGGUAUAUGUCCGUAUUUUAAUUUCUCAGUUGUAUUUAUUUUGUGUGGUAGGCCAGUUGACAUACAAAUCCACAGUAGAUGGAACUGGAAACACCAAGCUUCUCGUUUUUCAUACUUGCAAGGAGAUGUCAUUGCCAUCCGCCCCAAAGCCCUUUUCCCUUUAUUAUGUUAAACAGUAAAGUGAUGUACAUUGCAUAAUGGUCUUCUCAUACUCAAUGGUUCAACAGUUAAUAGUUCUUCAUUUUAAUGAAAAGUUGUGAUACUUUAUAUUUACAGCCA